GAAGGUAUUCGAUACCUGAUGCUCCAAAAAUCGCUAGACAACACAAAUUAGACCCAGGAAAGCCAAGCUUCCCGAAGCUCUGCCACAGUUCUCCUGACCUCCCAAAUGAUGAGAUGAAACGCAUUAAAGGAACAAAGUCAAGAAAAAGGAGGUAUGCCUUACCUAAUGCUCCAGUGAUCACUAGGGAACAGAUUUCUCCUGUAGUAGACAACCUCCACCUAAGUGGCCAAAGCAGUCCUGACCUUCAUUCACAUGGUCAAGGCAGUCCUGACGUUUAGCCCACAUGGCCGAAGCAGUCCUCACUUUCGUCCACACAGCCAAAUGAGUCACAACUUCGCCCAAGUUGCUACUACAGUCCUGACUUGUAUGCAGAUGGUCACAGCACUCCUGAGAUCCACUCAAGUCCUCAGACCAGCACUACUAUGUUAUCCUCCGGCUGGCAUGUUCGCUCUGAAAGCUGUACAUCAGGUAAAUCAAGCACUGAGACCCUUUCAAGGCAUGCUGACGUUGAGGUCAGAAAAACAGCCCACAAAAUUAAGGAGAUCCAUAAAAAAAGGCACUCUGAACCUUCAAGGUCACACCAGGGACAUCCAGCAAACAUCCAGUCACCAAAUUUUCCUUCUUUGUAAUAUAUUAACAAAACAGGAAAUGCUGAUGGACCAAUUGCGAAUUAUCUUUAAGACCCUCCAGUGUAUGCAAUCAAGUCCGGAGACAGAGAUAGGCCUGGAUCGAAAUUUAUUACCACUCAAAGAUCUCAGUUCUCUUCAGAACAUGGAGGACAAUCUGCAGAGUACUCCUGACCUCCAUAAGCAAUUGGUAAACACACUGGCUCUUAAAGGUGGGACAGACGUUCAGGAGUGUGUUUGGAGAAUCAUGCAUGGACUGUUUACAGACUCCUUGGCGAGGAAAGUUAACAUGAGAGGAGUGAAUGGAAAGACUGGCUUCCUACGCCUACAGAUACGAGAUGUUGUGAUUGCGGCUGUGAGGCGUAACUGUCUUACAUCUGAGGCAACAGAAAAAGAAAUCGAUUCCACAGUUAAAAGAUGGCUAUAUCUGGCCCCAGACAGAGAUGGUGGCCGAAAAGAGAGAAUGAAGAACAAGGUGAGCGGAGAGAGUACGACUGGUUAACAGACUUCAGGAAUGGAUGUUCAAAAGCUGUGUCCAGAGUGCAAAUUGUUUGUUGACAGAAUCAUUAAUGUUUCAGAGUUACUUGAAGCGUACUACUUGUUACUGACUAUAAAAGUGGAUGCUCAAGUGUUAUUUAUGUGAAGUGAAACUUGUUGAUGACUAGAAACAUGGAUCAGUGUUAUAGGUUGAGCAAAUCUUGUUCCUGACCAGAAACCUGGAUGUUCAAGUGUUAUGCAAAGUGUGAAACUUGUUAAUGACAAUAAACAUGUAUGUUCAAGCGUUAUAGGUUGAGUAAAUAUUGUUACUGAACGGAAACAUGGACAUUUAAGCGUCAUAGUUCAAGCAAAUUUUGUUCCUGACAAGAAACAUGGACGUUCAAGUGUUAUACAUAGUGUGAAACUUGUUAAUAACCAUAAACAUGGAUAUUCAAUUGUUAUAGGUACAGUAAAUCUUGUUCCUGACCAGAAACAGGGAUGAUCAAGCGUUACAUUUAAUUUCAUGAACAAAAACAUAGCGGAGAACUUCUUGUUUUAUUUUUGCUUUUAUUGUAAAUGCAGAACUGACGGGGUGGUAUUUUAUAGAGUUGUUUAUACAAGUGUAUAUGUCAGGUUUCAAUGUUUUGAUGUUAAAUAUAAUAAAAUAUUUGUUCAGAAUA